AUGAGAAGUAAGAUCCACGAACCCGCUGCAGUUCGCUCCUCCAUUGUUCUGCUACAAGAGAGAUUUAGACAGUUGCAGAAAGCGAAAGAAAUGAGGAAAAAGAGAGAGUUGCUGAAAAUUUUCACUAUAGAUCCUAAACACUUCAAUUCCAACACCACUACGAAGCAGUUUUUCCACCCUGAACUGAUGAUCCCAUCAGGGUCACUUCCCCAUGUUUCGCUUUCUCUAUGGCCAACUUCACAGUGCAUGGUAGAGUACAACAAAAGCACUAUUGAGACCCCAGUCUCCAAGAACACCAGCUCCAUAGAUUCUACACAUACACAGUCCCUUCAGGCUUCGUGGAAGAACCUCUAUGAUUGGGAUUCCGGCUCUGACUCUGGUGUUGAUACCUCUCUUCACCUGUAA